AUGGCAACGCAAGAGGAAAUCUCGACUCAGGAUGCGCUAAAGCUCUACCGUAAUACGCUCAAUUUCAACGUUAUCAGCCGGUAUGAUCCUGCCAUCAAGCAACUCCUUUACUUUACCUCACAUUGCGUGAUAUACAAAUUCCAGGACGAGACAUGGACGAAGACCGACUUCCAGGGAACCCUAGCGUUCUACAUCCGUGAUUUUACUAUGCCGCUGGGCCCUGGUUCCAGCUACCAGGAUUUACAGCGUUGUUUCUGCUAUGGUCUUAUUCUAUUAAAUCGCUCCAACCCGGAAUGCUUUUCAUUGGGGUUGUUGCCCAACGUCAUGACAAGAAUGUUUUUCCCCAACGGCAUAAACAACAACGGCAUCACUGAGAUGGACGUCGAGCUCAACGACAACUUAAUUAUCGUGAAGAACCUUUUGGGCGAGAUCUACGGGUUGUGGGUAUUCAACGAAGAAGAUCGCACCAAGCUAUUCAAGUUGCUAGACUAUUGCUUGCAAAACCAGACAUCGUGA